AUCUCAUGAAUUGAAGGUGAUAGUAGUAUUGAAGGAGUUGAUUAUUUGACAUUAGUCUAUUUUUUAGACAUAUAUUUACAUUAGUCUAUAUAACCCUCCUUGCAUAAACCUUUUAUUCAUGUCAUCAACCAAAGCUACAACUUACACCUAAUCCAUCCGAAGCUUCUUUUCUCAUAUCCUCUUCAUAAACUCGUUUCAUCACUUUAUAAAACAAAGCCACCCUAUACUUCUCUCUUAAUGCUCUCCUCAAAUUUUUUAAGUCACAACUUCAUGACUACUUACUCUGUUUUGCUCUGUUUCAUACUCUGUUUUUCAUCUCUCUCUGUCUCAACUUCAGAAAUUUUAUAUCUUCCUUUAACCCACUCCCUUUCAAAUACCCAAUUCACCUCCACUCACCACCUCUUGAAAUCCACCUCCACCCGCUCCGCCGCUCGCUUCCACCACCACCACAGAAAACGCCACCUCCAGAACCACCACCACCGCCAAGUCUCUCUCCCUCUAUCUCCGGGGAGUGAUUACACUCUAUCUUUCACACUCAACACCAAUCCUCCUCAGCAUGUCUCGCUUUACCUCGACACCGGCAGUGACCUCGUCUGGUUCCCAUGCCACCCAUUCGAAUGCAUUCUCUGCGAAGGCAAAGCUGAAAACACGACAAUUUCCACUCCGCCGCCGAAACUUUCCUCCGCCGCCAAAACCGUCAACUGCCAAUCAUCUGCAUGUUCAGCUGCUCACUCCAAUCUUCCAACUUCAGACUUAUGUGCUAUUGCCAACUGUCCUUUGGAAACCAUAGAAACAUCCGAUUGCCAAUCAUUUUCUUGCCCGUCGUUUUAUUAUGCGUACGGCGACGGCAGCCUUACUGGUCGUCUAUAUCAUGACUCUAUAACACUACCGUUAGCGACGCCAUCUUUAGCACUCAAUAAUUUCACCUUCGGCUGUGCCCAUAGAGCCCUCGGCGAGCCAGUUGGUGUUGCAGGGUUCGGCCGAGGGGUCCUCUCUUUACCUGCUCAGCUUGCUUUAUUUGCUCCUCAACUCGGGAAUAGAUUUUCUUACUGCUUAGUAUCGCACUCGUUUAACUCAGACCGAGUCCGCUUACCGAGUCCACUCAUUUUAGGCCAUUCUGAUGAAAAAGAUAGAAGGGUAAAUAAAGAUGAUAAUGUUCAGCUUGUUUACACUUCUAUGCUUGAUAAUCCUAAGCACCCUUAUUUUUACUGUGUUGGGUUAGAGGGUAUUUCUAUUGGUAAAAUGAAAAUUACCGCGCCUGAAUUCUUGAAGAGGGUUGAUAGGGAAGGAAGUGGCGGGUUAGUGGUGGAUUCCGGGACGACUUUUACUAUGUUACCAGCUGGUUUGUAUAACUCAGUGGUGGCUGAGUUUGAUGACCGAGUUGGGCGAGUUUAUGAACGAGCUACGGAAAUUGAGGACAAGACAGGACUUGGUCCGUGUUACUAUUAUGAUACUCUAGUGAAUAUUCCUAGUAUGGUUUUACAUUUUAUUGGGAAUAAAUCCAGUGUAGUGCUUCCUAGGAAAAACUAUUUUUAUGACUUUUUGGACGGUGGAGAUGGUGUUAGAAGGAAGAGGAGAGUUGGGUGUUUGAUGCUGAUGAACGGUGGAGAUGAGGCUGAGCUGUCUGGUGGACCAGGGGCUACCUUGGGGAAUUACCAGCAACAGGGGUUUGAAGUGGUUUAUGAUUUGGAGAAGAGAAGAGUUGGGUUUGCAAGGAGGAAAUGCGCAUCUUUGUGGGAAAGCUUGAACCAAGGCUAACGUGCGCCUCGAGUUGACCUUUUUCGUUGAAAGUUGACCGCACGUGAGUUGGAUAUGACUAUGUAAGUAAAAUCUAGGUUUUCUGGUAAUAAGGGGUGUUUAUGCUGUAUAAUAUUGUAAACUAUCUACACUUCAUUUUGUGUAAAUUCAAUGUUUAUUUAAAGAAAAGUCAUUUUUUCCAUUAA